CGAGGCAGCUCACACCUACAUUUAACCGUAAACACACUUUGUCUGUGUCAGUUCAUCAUGGAGGCCCAGCGGUAUCCAAUCAGUGUCCGUUUAAUUGGAGUGAUGCACAAGGAGAAGAGCAAAAUGUUCAUGACCUCCGUGCUUUGGUCAGACCGUAAUGAUAUUGUAGUUUACAGGACUUAUCCGGAUUUCAAGAAAAUGCACAAACGAUUGAAGAAAGCAUUCCCACCAGCAAGUACAUUGAAAAAAUCUGACAGAAUCAUCCCCACAUUUCGAGGGGUGAACCGGGGCGGCCGGAAGAAAGGUCCCACCAGAUCUCUACUGUGCCUCAAGUUCCUGCAGAAAUAUUGUAAUGAACUUCUGAGCUGCGACCCGCGGGUCUCUCAGUCUACAGACCUCAUCCAGUUCUUCCACCCCAAAGAGCAGGACCUGCAGCCGGAGUUCGCCAAGAACAGUAUCAUGAUCAUGCCAUCAGAAGAUGAAAUCAGAAGGGACGCAGGACAGAGCAGCGUUGGUAACGUGACUCAGCCGUUCGUCACAGAGACAUACAGAUGUGUGGCGCUGUACGAGACCAAAGACACCAAGAACAAACCUUUCAAAGUGGCGGUGGACGAAAAACUAGAUGUACUCAUCAAAGACAAAGCAGGGUGGUGGCUUGUGGAGAAUGAAAGCAAGCGCAUGGCCUGGUUCCCAGCCCCCUACCUGGAGAAGCUAGAUGAUGAUGAUGAUGACUUAGGGGAUGAAGAUGACAUAGAUGGGACUUCUGAAAGAGGAAUGCUGUACAACGCAGUUAAGAGCUACAAGGCCACCAAAGAUGAUGAGAUAACCGUGGCCAUCGGUACAGUGGUGGAAGUCCUGCAGAAGUCUGACAACGGCUGGUGGCUCAUCAGAUACAAUGGUAAAGCAGGAUACAUCCCCGCCAUGUACCUGCAGCCCUACAACUACCCUCAUAUCCGCAUGACAGCCAACCAUCCAGAUCGCUGCUCCUCCCCGGGUAUGGAAUUGCAGUCCAACCAUCUCAGCCUCUCACAAGGAAAACUGCUGCGACUUCCACCUGUCAGGUCUUCCUCACCCCACCUGCUCCAACCACACACACCGCAGAGAUCCCGCUCUGUUGAAAUCCUGUCACUUCCUGCUCAGCCUGCAGCAAGCAUCACUUCCAAAGCUACCAACGUUGCCUUCUCACCUUCGACUGCAAAGCCCGCCCCUCUGCCCAGUAUCAGGGUGGAGAUGGACGGAGAAGAAGAGCAACGUGGCAUGAGCCAGAUGGGAGAUAGCGAGGGAAGUCUUGAGAGCUACAGCAGCGACUACAGCAAUGACCUCAAUUCUUCCUGGGCGAGUUCCUUGUCCUUCAACAUGACCCAAAGCUACAACGAGCAGCAGCUGCGUCCCCGCCUGUCGCCUCCCUCCAUAAUGAGCAAUCGCCUAAGCCCGACAAGCGGCCAACAGGGGAAGAUGAUCCCUAGCGUCUCUGAUCCAAACCUCUACAAGGGACCGACAACACCUAAGGUGCCACCCAGACCACGGGCCCAGGAGAUCCUCAGCCGGUGUACCACUGUCACCCGCAAGAACGCAACCAAAGGCCACCAGGGGACCACCCAAACCGAGAUAAUGAGUCGAUGAAGUUAAUAUUAGCUUUAUUUUCAUUAUUCAGGACCUUAAUCUAUUUUGUGAUGGAGUUCUGCCAUUUAGACAUGCUUGUGAACUUCACUUGGAAACAAAAACACAGCAUGUGUUCAGAAAUGUAACUGUAGAGUUGCAGAGUGGUUUAUUUACAAUGACUAAUAGCUCUUGUAUUGAGGUGAAAUUCAACAGCAAUGAAGCGGUGCCAACACGGUUUCCUUAUUGCUGAGGUUUCGAUAGAAACGUCACUUGUCGAACAGUCUUGUUAAUGUUGUUUGUACAUUUUCUGAGUACUUGUAGUCCAUCUGUCUUCAAAGAUUACGUAAAGGCCUUCAGCAAAAUCAGUAAAUAGAUUUAAAAAGAACGAUUAUUCAACUCUAAAAACUAUCUUUUUUGAAUGAUCAUUUAUUUUCCAUUCUGGAAACCUUGUUGUGCCUUAUAUGCAUUUUGCACAGAGAGAUUGAUUUGUUCUCAUGACUGCAGCGAAAGUAAAUGUUUGUCUGAAAUACCAGCGUGUGUGUGUGCUUUCCAUUUCCUGCUGAAGCAUGUUUACAGCAAACUCAACAUCAACAAUAGGAUGUGUGUAAAUUACACUGCAGUUUCACCAUGUAUAUUC